GAAAGCUCUGGAACUCGUUUCCGGCCACCUCAGCGGGAAGCUGAGACGCAGGCAGCUGGUCCUUUGGGCGCUAAGAGAGGUGUGACUGGUGUAGCGGCGGAGGAAGUCAGGAGGACGCCGACGGCCGUGAGGGCCAGUGUUGGGUCCCUGUAGCCUGUGAAGAUGGUCUUACUCACGAUGAUCGCCCGAGUGGCGGACGGGCUCCCGCUGGCCGCCUCGAUGCAGGAGGACGAACAGUCUGGCCGCGACCUGCAGCAGUACCAGAGUCAGGCUAAGCAACUGUUCCGAAAGCUGAAUGAACAGUCCCCGACCAGAUGUACCUUGGAAGCUGGCGCCAUGACUUUUCACUACAUUAUUGAGCAAGGGGUGUGUUAUUUGGUUUUGUGUGAAGCUGCCUUCCCUAAGAAGUUGGCUUUUGCCUACCUAGAGGAUUUACAUUCAGAGUUUGAUGAACAGCAUGGGAAGAAGGUGCCCACUGUGUCUAGACCCUAUUCCUUUAUUGAGUUUGAUACCUACAUCCAGAAAACCAAGAAGCUCUACAUUGACAGUCGCGCUCGGAGAAACCUAGGCUCCAUCAACACUGAAUUGCAAGACGUCCAGAGGAUCAUGGUGGCCAACAUUGAAGAGGUGUUACAACGGGGGGAAGCACUGUCAGCAUUGGAUUCAAAGGCUAACAACUUGUCCAGUCUGUCCAAGAAAUACCGCCAGGAUGCGAAGUACUUGAACAUGCGUUCCACUUAUGCCAAACUCGCAGCCGUAGCUGUGUUUUUCAUCAUGUUAAUAGUGUACGUGCGAUUCUGGUGGCUGUGAAGUAGCGAACGCAGCCACUGACUGGCAAGGGAGAACCUAGAAUGUGGCAGGUGUAUGUUUUCAGGAAACUGAGCUCACAGAGACGUGCGUUAGAACCCAAGGGGCAUUCCCGCCUCUAAAGACCUUGCAAGAAAAGACAUAUCUUGAAAAUGAAAGGUUACACCUCAUUUAAAGAAGCUUAACCCUAUGUAGAAAGCCUCUUUUUGGGGGCAGAGGCUUUCUCUGGGUGCUAAGCCAUAUAUGUUAGGGAACAGUAGAUUGUUUUAUUUUGUUUUUUCCCUCCCGGUGUUUUACAUUUUCAAUACAGCACUGACUGGGGCAUUCUCAUUCUCUAACAGAGCCAUCAGUGAGAUUUGGGUUAAACGACCUGUGCACGCAACAGUCUGAGAUGCCUUCAGAGAAGGCAGCCCUUUGGGAAGCGUUUUUGACUCUAUCUAAUCCACAUUCCUUUUGUCGGUGACAUUUGCAACUUGUCAGUAGUCUGAGUUUUUGACGGCCUUUGACACAAGGCUCCAGUAUGUGAAGGGUCAUUGUCGUGCUGCAAAGAUCUUGUCUGUUGGCCCCUACAGGAAGUUAACCUUUGUUGUUUUCCUUUUAUAUUUUGCUCAUUGCACAAUUGCUUUAGGGUUAAAUGAAUGCUAUUAAGAUGCCUUGAAAUUCUAUUAUAGCACUCCUUGAUUAAGAAGCUAAAAUAUUUUCUGUCAUUUAUUCCUUAAAAGAUGUAAAUUAGUUUGGGACAGUCUCAGUUUUCUUCUUCAGCAUCCAGUUUAUAUUAACUAAAGAGUGGGUAUAGCAUAUGGUUAGCCAGAGGCCCCUGACAGGAGAAGAAAGACUCAGCUCCUAACCACAGUUUGUCCCGCCCCUUUCUCACUCUGCACUCCAGUUUUCCCCACUUUCUUCCUCCUGCCACAAUUCACUAACAUUUUUUAAAUGUUCCUCUGCCCAGUAGUUUCAUGUCCCAUAAGCACCCUCUCAGGAUAGUCUCAAAUUUCAAAAUGGAGACUAUUGAGCUGUGUAGUUAAUUAAGUUUUUGCAGAGUGACUGACUAUUCAAAUAACUAAAUACAUUUAUCUGAGAAAGUCUCUGAGAGCACCUCACACCUGCUUCUGUUUAUGUAAGUUCUCUGAGAAUGUUCUAGAGAUAGAGGACUCAUUUACAGUGGCUUCUAUUAACCAAUAAACGUUCCUAUGAUUUUUCCCUUUUUUGCUCAGGGAUAAGGGGCAAAAUUCCCUUUUACCUUCUGAGAUAGAAUUUUUUUAAAUGGGAGAAUAGCCCUUUUAGAAAUUAUCACAAGGGCCUGCACUAUAACUUAUAACUCCUACAUAUACUGCAAAUAUUUCUUUAAAUUGUACAGGAAAAUUAGCCAACUUCUUCUUAACAUCUUCAGAAAGACGUUUAACCAGUGAGUGAUUUUCUAACUCUGUGGGGUCAUCAAAACUACUGUCCUGAUUGCUAAUAGAGGGAAAAAAAUUCUAUUUCCUUAUUACAAGGCAAGGAGAAAUGCUUAUUUUAUCCUGAUGAUUUACAGAAUUAGAAUAAUUUUUUUUUUGCCUUUUCAUUUUGAACCCAGAUCUGCCCAUUGGCAUUUUGUGCAUGAAAUAUGAAGUUACUUUUUUAUAGAGAAUAAGUGCUUUUAAGUCCUAAAAGACUUGUCCCUAAGUAAUGAUGUUGGUAAUAGAAGCCUUUGAAAGGCUGAACACCUAAGUAGAGGCACCAUAGCGUUUGGUGCCUCUGUAAGAGUGGAGAGUGGCAGCUCACUGUUAAGAGUUGCAUGCUGUAACCACGUGGUCAGCAGUGAAAUAAAUACUUCUAGAAUGUU